AUGGCGAAUAUAUCGCCUCCGAGCACCUCUACAUGGCUCCUUCUCGCAGCCAGAGUUCUCCUAGCCGUGAUAUUCCGCCUCCUCACCACACCCAUACGCUGGUUCACCGACUCCGGCGCAGCAACUUUCUUCGAAGACAUUUUCUUCACAGUAUUCAGAGCUUUACUGCGGCACGCUAGCUUCGCAGUCUCGCGGGCAAUCUUCAAGCCCACCACGGAGGCGUAUGGCGAGUUAUGCAGGAAGACGGGGAGGGAGGCAAGGAGUUUGGCGGUGCAGGGGAAGAGGAGGGAGAUAGAAGGGUUAAAGGCGCAUUGGAUUGGGGAAGAGGCGGCGGAGGUUGUGGUGUUGUAUCUGCACGGUGGCGGAUACACACAGCCUGCAUCUCCAGACCAUCUAACAUACCUUGAUGGCCUUACGAAAGACAUCAACAUCGGUACCGGGAGCACCUCUUCGAUUUCGUUCCUCGUUUUGGCGUACAGUCUCGCUCCUGAGCAAGCUGUGUAUCCAACUCAACUCCGCCAAGCAGCAGCUACACUUGACCACCUGGUGAAUGUAAGCGGUCGCAGUCCCUCGAGCAUCAUGCUCUCGGGCGACUCUGCAGGCGGCGCCCUCGCAUUGGCUCUUCUCUCGCACAUCCUGCACCCGAAGGCAGGUGUUCCGCGCGUAGAGGUCCAGGUACCGCUUCGCGGCGUCAUGCUGUUCAGCCCUUGGGUUAGCUUCUCGACUGCCUUCAAUAGCUAUGAGCGAAACGCGGAGUCAGACACUCUCUCGGCGUACAUUUUGAAAAAAUGGGCGACAAUGUAUCUGGGCGAAAUGGACGCGGAUUCCAAGCACCAAGUAACUUGGGAUGUCAAGAGCAACGACGUUUACGCUGAAGCGUAUCUCGCUGACCCGCAGUGGUGGAGUGGCCUGAAUCACGUGGUGGAAAGUAUGCUGGUGUGGGUUGGUGGGAAGGAACUCCUCCACGAUCCCGUCACGGAGUUUGUAUCCAAGUUGAAGAAAGGCUGGAAGAGACGAGACGAAGCGCACAUCGGGCCGAUUUUGAAUGUGUCGUUGGGGAAUAAAACGAAGAGAGGAUCGCAAUUAGCUAUAGAGGCGUGGCUGAUGGAGCGUUUCAACGCUGUAAGUAAUAAGUCUCCGGCAGUGAGGUUGCGUACCGCGAUCGCGCCAUAA